AUGCAUUCACCGGAGCCUUUACCUCCUAAAACAUGGGUAGACCGUCUACCUCCAAAGGUUCAGCCAUACUUAUAUUUGACUCGGAUUGACAAACCAAUUGGAACGCUUUUGCUGUUCUAUCCCUGUGCAUGGUCUAUAACAAUGGCCUCUUAUUCAUUGAAUCUCCCACCAGAGGUUCCACUAAAGUAUAUCACCCUGUUCGGAAUCGGGGCGUUGGUCAUGCGUGGGGCUGGUUGCACGAUCAACGAUAUGUGGGAUCGAAAUCUCGACAAGGCUGUUGAACGCACAAAAGAGCGACCGUUAGCUCGUGGCGACAUCACUCCCACUCAAGCAUUCGCCUUCCUUGGAUUGCAGCUCUCAGCGGGUCUGGCUGUACUGACGCAGCUAAACUGGUAUAGCAUCCUGCUAGGCGCAUCUUCCCUGUCCGUCGUUACAAUUUAUCCUCUUAUGAAGCGUGUCACGCAUUGGCCCCAAGCCGUCCUCGGCCUCGCCUUCAACUGGGGCGCCCUCCUCGGCUGGUCCGCCGUCGCCGGCACCGUAUCCUGGUCAAUCUGUCUCCCUCUCUACCUCGGCGGUCUUUCCUGGACUCUCGUGUACGACUCCAUCUACGCCCACCAAGACAAACACGACGACAUCCACGCCGGGAUCCGCUCCACCGCCCUCCUCUUCGGCGACACCUACACCAGACCCAUCAUCUCCGCCUUCUCUCUCUCCUCGCUCUCUCUCGUUUCGUACGCGGGAUAUCUAGCCGAACACGGCGCGCCGUUUUAUCUGGGCGUUGGGGUGGCGGGGGCGCAGCUCGCGAGGGUGAUUUGGAGGACGGAGUUUGGGAAGAGGGAGAGUUGUUGGAGGGGAUUUACGGGGUCGGGGUGGGCUGGAUUUUGGAUAUGGAUGGGCGCGCUUGCGGAUUAUACUCUUUUGCAGAUGACUUAA